CAGAGAGAGAGCGGAGUGGCGAGAGAGAGCUCCGGAGUCAUCCGCAUGCAGGAAGCAGCGCUGCUCUGGACAUCACCGACUCCAACGCGUCCCGGACCACUGGGCUGAGGCAGGAGAAGAGAAAGCAAAGAGCGAAAAGAGGAAGAAAGAAGUGUCAGACAAUGAUGACAUCUGAUCGGGGUGCCAGUUGAUCUCUCUCUUUCUCUCUGACAGCUCCAACUGUGGAUCUCCAAGCGCACCAGGAGUGACUUUUUUAAACAUCUUUCCACUUUGGGUCAGUCCGAGUCCUGACGUCCUUUUGGUGAUUUAAACUCGUGUUUAAAGUAUUUGUACAUUUUGGAUCUUGGCAUGAUUUGCUCUCCGAUUUAGCACCCACUCCCUCCUCAGGACUAGAGAGUCAGAGGAAUAGAAAGUGCACUGCUUGAUUUCCAGCGAAGCGCACGCGGCAGCAGCAGCAGCAAAGAGCGCACCCACGUUGCUUUGCUUGAAUCAGAGUGAAGGAUCUACAGGAGAACAAGUGCACAGCUGGGCGGAGAGAGACCGAGACACGGAGGGACACGCAUCGAGCUUUGGAGGUUUGUUCAUGUUUGGGAUCCAGGAGAGCAUUCAGAGAAGCGGCAGCAGCCUGAAAGAGGAGCCGCUGGGAGGCAUGAACGUCCGGAGCUGGAUGCAGGGGGGCGGCGUGCUGGACGCCAACACGGCCGCCCAAAGCGGAGUGGGUCUGGCCCGGGCUCACUUUGAGAAGCAGCCGCCCUCCAACCUGCGGAAGUCCAACUUCUUCCACUUCGUCCUGGCUCUGUACGACCGGCAGGGCCAGCCGGUGGAGAUCGAGAGGACCAACUUCGUGGACUUCAUCGAGAAAGAAAAGGAGACGAGCGGAGAGAAGACCAAUAACGGGAUUCAUUACCGGCUGCAGCUCCUGUACAGUAACGGCAUCAGAACAGAACAGGACUUUUACGUACGACUCAUAGACUCCAUGACUAAACAGGCGAUUGUUUAUGAAGGCCAAGACAAGAACCCAGAGAUGUGCAGAGUGCUGCUGACACACGAGAUCAUGUGCAGUCGGUGCUGUGACAAGAAGAGCUGCGGAAACCGUAAUGAGACACCCUCAGACCCUGUUAUCAUCGACAGAUUUUUCCUCAAGUUUUUCCUCAAGUGCAACCAGAACUGCUUAAAGAAUGCAGGAAACCCACGAGACAUGAGGAGGUUCCAGGUGGUGGUGUCGACUACGGUGAGCGUGGAGGGACACGUCCUGUCAGUCUCCGACAACAUGUUUGUCCACAACAACUCCAAACAUGGCCGACGGGCCCGCAGGCUCGACCCUGUAGAAGGAACGCCGUCUUACCUAGAACACGGAGCAGCUCCCUGUAUUAAAGCCAUCAGUCCCAGCGAGGGGUGGACCACGGGGGGUGCCACAGUCAUCAUCAUAGGAGACAACUUCUUCGACGGUCUCCAAGUUAUCUUCGGUACCAUGCUGGUUUGGAGCGAGCUGAUUACGCCGCAUGCCAUCCGGGUGCAGACGCCUCCCAGACACAUCCCAGGGGUCGUAGAGGUCACUCUGUCUUACAAAUCCAAACAGUUCUGCAAAGGCACACCGGGACGGUUCAUAUACACAGCAUUGAAUGAACCAACAAUCGACUAUGGCUUCCAGAGGCUCCAGAAGGUCAUCCCUCGGCACCCUGGCGACCCCGAGAGGCUGCCAAAGGAGGUUAUUCUGAAGAGAGCGGCUGACCUGGUAGAAGCCCUCUACGGCUUGCCUCACAAUAACCAGGAGAUCAUCCUGAAACGUGCAGCAGACAUUGCAGAAGCUCUCUACAGCGUUCCACGAGGACACACUCAGCUCUCUGGCUCGACCCACUCCGGCAUGAUGGGAGUCAACUCCUUCACAGGGCAGCUGUCCGUCAACGUCUCUGAACCCUCACAAGCCAAUCAAGGUUUUGUGCGCAGCAGCAGUAGUGUGUCGCCUCACGGUUACGUCCCCAGCACCACGCCUCAGCAGACCAGUUACACCUCAGUCACCAGCACCAUGAACGGCUACGCCAACAACACCGGCAUGACCAACCUGGGAGGCUCGCCCACUUUCCUUAAUGGCUCCGCAGCCAACUCGCCUUAUGCCAUUGUCCCCUCCAGUCCCACCAUGGCCUCCUCCACCUCUCUUCCCUCCAACUGCUCCUCCUCCUCUGGUGUCUUCUCCUUCUCUCCGGCCAACAUGGUGUCAGCGGCCGUUAAGCAGAAGUCGGCCUUCGCUCCGGUGGUCAGGCCCUCCUCCUCCCCUCCACCCUCCUGCACCAGUGCCAACGGCAACGGGCUCCAAGAUCAAACAUUUGUGGACUCUAGCAAGUACUCAACAGCCAGCUCUCUACAAGGCCUGGCCUUCACCUGAACAAUCCCGGGAAUGAUCGUCCCACCCAUGUAAAGGUGUGAGUGCAUGACUGUGUGUGUGAGUGUGUGUGUGCGCGCGCGUGUGUGUGACUGUGUGUGAGUUGAACCAAGCACACUCUCACUGAUCCUGCUGGAGGAUUCGGUGCGAGUCAGACUCCGGUCAGGGAUGGAAGCAGCUGUCCCGAUCUGAAGGAACAAACCCAACUCAGGCCCUUUCUAACACAAAAACAACUGCAAGAACAACACAAGAAGAACAAAAAGAAGAAGAAAAAAAAAGAAAAAAAAAAAGACUGUUUGCAAGAAAAUACAUUGUUUAGACUUUGUACACCUUGAUGCUUUUAUAGGAGAACGGCCACGCCUAUGUUACGGACUCUCCAUGGACACGUGAAGUGUAUUUAUUUUGGAGAGAAUCGUUUCCUCCCUUGAGUGAUUGUUGAUUAGUUUGUUUUGUUUUGUUUUUUUCUUUCCGUGCAACACUUAAUGUGUGAUAAUCAUCUUCUAACUGUAACCUACAUGAGGGAUUUUCUAUUUAUGAAGUUUUGUCUUUAAUGAAGGAAUAUAAUGUGAAGAAUGCCUGACGAUGAUGGUGACGAUGAGUCAAGACGAUGAUGAAGAAGUCACAGGAUUCAUACGGGGUCAAAUCCAGCCAACACAGACAAGCCAAACCAGACACGCACCUUCGCUUCUCCUUGCCAAACCCUCCAUCGCUCUCUCGGUGCUGAGACUUAGAGCGUAGUCAUUCAGCUAAAGGAUUUGGAUGCCACAUCUGAUCCAUCCAGAACAAAUCCCUGCAUUUACCAGUGUUUGCUCCCAUGUGCUACAUUUUCUCAAACAUGCAAACCAGUCUUUUAGCCACCAAAUGGUGCACAAAGGAGAAAAAAAAAUCUGUCAAUUAACAAACAAGGAACAAAUUUAUUUCCACCAUCAGCGAUUCAAGUUUUUCACAUGCUUCAGUGCUAAUUCAAGACACAUUUAGAAACAGCUAUCCAUAAAAAAAAAGGCCAUAAAAGAAUGCAGCUUCUUCCCAGCAGUGGAGUGUGUGAUUACUGGGUGCCAACAGCAGCUUCACUGUUGAGGAUUUGACCCAAAAACUGCCACUGAGUCCCUCCAUCGGCCGCAUCUGUUUUACAGUCGGACACAGCCACAGCAACCUCUAUAAAAAGGGGAACAUGUCUUACAAGACUGCUGCCAUUUUGAUUUUGUUGUGUGAGAUUUGCUUUCCUUAGUUCUUUUCUGAACAGAUAAAUGCUUAUUCUUUUACUUGCUUUUUUGGGGGUUUGCUGUGUUUCUUAAUAUUUUUUUACUGUGAUCAGCUGGCCAAUCAGAUUGUGCUUUUUUUAUUUUUUUUGCCUGCCCUCUGAUCUGGUUUUGAUCGGCAACUUGAGUGGGAAAACUAACCAACUGUGUGUCUUACAUGCUGCGCUGCAAAAAAAUGUCAAGGCAAAAAAAUUUGUGACUGAGUAUUAAAAUUAAUCUUUUAAAAGUGUGAAAAACAUCUGCCACCAAGGUGAGAACAUUUGAGAUUGUCAUCCCAAGACGAACGACAGCAUCAGUCAUUUCAGCAAGAGCCCCUACACGAGAUUUAUGUUCAUACAUAAAGCCUGUUAGCAACUACAGUCAUUCUGGCAGAAGGAGGAGUCAUGUGAUGCUGGUGUAGAGCAACAAGAAGGUUGGGGUGGAUGGAUGGGUAAACAUUAUAUCAAGCAUUGACAUUAAUUUGCUGUUUCCAACCAACAGCAUUGUCUUUUUAGUCAAGAUCAUGAUGUUUACCUAAAUCUAAACAAGUUGUUUUUAUGCCUAAAUCUCACCGAACCUUAACCAUAGUUAUGUCACAUCAUAACAUUUUCUACAGGGAAACUUUUAAAAACCAACACUUUAGAAAACUUCUUGCUGAUACGAGUGUCAGAAAACAAAACAAUUGCUCUGAUGCUCUUGUUUAAGAAGGAUGGCAUUCUGGUGCAAUAUUUUGCACUUGUUUCUGAAACUGGGGUAUCAUUUUCCAGAAAUUAAAAAAAAAAAAACACUUUUUUUUGCAGCGCAGGACAGUUAGCCAGCGACAUGUCUUAAAUGCCCAGUGUGUGAAAGCUAUCUGAUGGUGUGUGUGUUGUUCAACAGUCUUAAUUAAAUUAUGAUGUUAAUUUUGCCAAAGCCCUUAUUCAGAGACAUUAAUGCCUAAAUAGUCUUACGCCACAGUUCCUAUGCUGGUCUACAUAUCUUCGCUUGUCACACGUUGUCAUAAAAAGUAAGGAUGCCAUAUCAUGUACACCUGUCAUUUUCAGACCUGAGGCAGGAAGCAUUCACAGAUUACAUGGAUUGCAUCUGGCACAAACAGAAACUAUUUGAAAGUGAAUUUGAUCCUUAACUGGACAGAAAACCUAAAUAGCAUCUAUUUGAUAAGUAGAAAUCAUUUGUAACGACUGCCUGAGGAGAUCUGAACCUUCAGUCUCCUCGAUGUUACUGCUAAAAAAAAAAAAAAAAAAAAAGGAAGGAAAUACUUAAUAUCCCUCAAUUUUAAAUUCAAAUUAAAUGGAUAAAAGCCACCACAUCAGUCAGCAGACCUCAGCAGCUGAGACUGGAGGUCUGUCAGGGAAGAAGUAAUCAAGAACUGGGAUGAAAGAAUUUAGGAAUAUGAAAAAAAAAUUCCUGUGAAACGGCUCAAAAAUUGAAAAGAAAAACAGUCGAAAAAACAACUAAAACCCUGAAAAACCUCCCCGAAGAUACUCAGAUGUGCUCCUUAUUGUCUGUGUCUCUCAUGUCAGGAUUUGAAUGUUAUUAAGACAUCUUACUUGUUUUUGUAUUAUAGUGUCUGUUUGUUAAAAGCCAUACUUCCACUGCUAAUUUCAAUCAAGCUAAAAUAAGCCAUGGUGUAUUUUUCUUUUUUUCUUUUUUUUUUUAAAUCAAGGAAGCAGGAGGAUGUUUUUCAUUUUUUGUCCUGUUGUUCGUAUCAUUCUUGUUCAAGUUAGCAUCAUUUUGUUGCAUUAUGUAGACGUAGAGUUUAUGAAUAUGUCAUUAUGAUUUUCUGUGUUUGUCUUCCAUAUGAUGGACUUUAGGAUGGAAAAUUUGUUGCUCAACAAAGGCUGAAAGAGAAGAAGGAAAAGUCUCUCCUCUUUCUCUCUCCUUUCUCCUGCUUCAGUCAGGUUUUCUGUCCUCUCUCUCUCUGCUCCCCUCCUCUGUUCAUUUCCCUCCCUGUGCUAUUAAUACUCGGUAUGUUUGCCCUCUUUUUUCCUUUCCUUCACUUCUCCUUUUUUUAAAAAAAAACAAAAAGAAAGAAAGAAAGAAAAAAAAAAUGAGCCACCUAUUUAUUUUAUCUCAAACAUGGGUCUGGAGACCACUCUUCUGUUUGUGUCUACAUGUGAGAGUGCCUGCGAGUGUGUGCGAGUGUGUCAUCAUUUUUCCUCUGAACGAAAAAUGUGAUGUUUAAAAGCCGAGGGAUGUUUUUUUUUAAUAGUACAUAUAUAAAUACUUGUACAGGAAGGAGUAAAUAGAAAGUUUUUUGUUGUUUUUUUUUUUUUUUUGUGAAGGAAUCAAAAUCCAAAGCACUUGUCUAACAGCAGUAAUAACAUUUGUCAUGGCUUGUCUGCGUUCAGGCUCACAGCGGUUGGCAUUGUUCAUACACA